AUGUACAAAACGAUCUACCGAUUCAGAGUACGUGUCGAAGGAAAGUCAUUCAGCUUUCCCUUACACCUGUGCAUAUACCAAAAUACAACACCAAGUUUUGCUGAGCUCAUACAGCGGAUGCGGCGUGCCGCUUCCCAACAGAAUCAGGAUCUCGAUCUCGAUGACUAUCUUAUUACGGUGGAUGACAGCCACAAACAACAUCACAACAGCUGCAGCAACGUGAUUCUGCAUGACGAUCAUUCGCUGCAAGUUGCAUUAAAAACCAUGUCCGAGCGCCAUUAUCUUGAGCUUGUAUUGCAGCAUAAACGAGCACGCACCUUGUCACCACCAACUAGUUAUUUUCGACGAACCACUCCUCCACCAGCUGUUGCACCAUCGGAUCCAGUGCCGUUGAUUAAGCCGACCGUAAUUAGAUGGUCACCUGGUCAUAACGACAACAUGCGAUUUCCAUUUCCUAGCAGCCGUAGCAGUAGCAUCGACCACGAGGCUAUUCGAAAGGACUCAGGCAUCUCGCUUGAUGAUGACGAUGAUGAUGAAUAUGAAAAACAUCAAAGCAAAAAACAACGUGUCAUGUCUGGUGGUGGCGAUCUUGUGACACGAAAGCUCCCUGAACCAUAUUCUCCUCCAACAGCACCGACAGCAUUCUCGUAUCAUCACCGACCCUCCUUGUUCGAGUCACCGCCUAUCAUUCAUCCGCUUGAUUUUCGUCGUCCUUCUACAGCUCCUCCAUCACCAGCAACUCAAUCAUCAUCAGCACCAUCGCCUGUGGUAAAGUUACCAGCCAUAAGCUCUUUCACAUCACCGCCGCUGCAUGAUCACAUCCGCUCACCUCCGCAAACACCUUGUUCGAUUCCUGCAUCAUCUCCACCACCCUCAUCAGUCCCUGUUGCUGCUAACACUACCACCAACAUCUCCUCUUGUGAUACCCCUGCUCUUGUACCUCGUAGAGCAUCUUCUAUCAAGCCAUCUACUACAACACAAUCCUCAUCUAAUCAUCACCAACAUAAUCGAGGACCAGGCCAAUUUCUUUGUGAACAUGUCAUUGAUGCUGCCACAGGCCGAGUUUGUGGACAAACGUUUCGUCGAUCAUAUGAUUUAUCGCGACAUCAAUCGAUUCACAUGAAAAAUCGCCCCUUUUGUUACUGCUCCCAGUGUGGCAAGAAAUUCACCCGUAUGGAUGCAUUGCGUCGCCACGAACGAGUGCAGGGUCAUAUUACUGCAAAGCGUUCUUAUAAUCGUUAUCCUUUGCCAACAAUGGAUCGUGCUCAGCAGGCUAGAGUACAAUGA